AUGCAGCAAAAAGGGAACUACCCGGCCGGGUGUAUGCACACACGUUCUAAAGGCUUGCCUCUAGAACCUUUUGAUCCAGAGAUCGAAGCAACAAACCGGAAGAGGAACGCCUAUAGGAGACUCACGCAGAAAAUUCAAGCUUCUUCGCCUAACCGCAUAGGAGCAUCUUCAGUUCAAAGCGACCUUUCACCCAUCCGAUCACCAGUUCAGGACCAUAUUUUGUUUGAUCCCGUUUCUCCUAGUCUGAUGGAGUACGAAGAUGGCAACAACGGUCCACCACCCCCUCCUCCCAAUUAUGCUGAGCUUCUACGACAGCUGGAGGAGCUGCGUCAACAAGUCAAUCAUAGACAAGCUGUGGUUCCUGUUCAGAAUCAGUAUGCAUACCAAGGCCAGGCAAAUCCAACUGUCCAUAGCAACAUCGCUGCCAACACCUUUGAGCUGAAAAGAGGACUUAUUCAGAUGGCAGAGAAUAUUGCUUUCAGGGGCAAAUCCACAGAUGAUCCGAACAAACACAUCACCAAGUUCAUUCAGAUCUGCAACACUACGAAGUUGAAUGGAGUGACAGAUGAUCAGAUUCGACUUAGGCUGUUUCCCUUUUCCUUAGAGGAUUCAGCAAAGGAUUGGUUGGAGAGCUUGGAGUCGGGCUCAAUCAGAACAUGGGAUGCUAUGGUAGAGAAGUUUUUAGAAAAGUUUUAUCCCCCCAGUGAGGCGAUUAAGAGGCAACAUGUGAUCAUUGCCUUUCAGAUGAACCCUGCGGAGAAUAUCAGAGAAGCAUGGGCGAGAUUCAAAGCCUUGAUGAAGCGAUGUCCUAACCAUGGGCUAACCCCAACUGUUCAAGUCAUAACAUUCUUCAAGGGGUGUGUGCCUGAAGCACAACGGGAGUUGAACUUGAGCUCAGGUGGUAAUUUUCUGAAGAAAGGAGUGGAUGAGGCCAUGGAAGUAAUAGAAGAGCUCGCAUCUAAUGACGACAGAUGGAGCAACAACAGGAGUAAAGUACAUAGGGUGGCGUCUACCACAGAUCAUGAUCCUAUGAGCGCCCUAUCUGACAAGUUGGAUGCGCUGACUAUGAAGUUUGACUGCAUGGCAAUGGGGCAACCGACUCAAGAGCCCCAAGGAAAUAUGGAGGAUGUUAGCUAUGUGAACCAAGGGGGCAACAACCGGUACUACAAUAACCAACGUCCCAACUUCCAGGGUGGAGGAUAUAAUCAGUUUGGGAACAGGGGGCAUCCCAAUCUCUCUUAUGGGAACCCCAAUAAUGCUCUGCAACCUCCCCCGGGGUUCACGGUUACCAAUGGAGUGGUCGAUGAUCCGAAGAAGAUGACCACGGAAGACAUACUUAAGUCUUUCAUGCUACAGUCCAACAAGCUCAUGGAACAGAACAACCAAAGAAUGGAGAAGGUUGAGACAGAUGUGCAAAGCAUGGCCACUCAUAUGAAGAACAUCGACACACAGAUCAGCCAGAUUUCCCAGACUGUGAAUACUAUGACUCAACCGGGAAAAUUCCCUUCGAACACCAUCAUAAAUCCCAAAGAUUGCAAAGCUGUGCAGCUGAGGAGUGGAAAAAGUUAUGAGGGACCUGCAAUGCCAUCAGAGGACAGAGUAACGGAAAAGGCACCUGAAGAGGAGGAGUUAGUCGAGGAAGUUGAGACCGAGGCAGUACAAAUUACUCCCCCACCUAAGGAGAACGUGGUUCCAACUCCACCUGCACCACCUGCAGCUCGCACUUCCACUGACGUGAGGAUUCCCUACCCUCAACGUGUGCAAAAGAAGAAGACAGAUGCACAGUUCUCGAGGUUCUUGGAUAUAUUUAGGAAGGUGCAGAUAAACAUCCCAUUGGUGGAGGCAUUACAGCAGAUGCCCAGCUAUGCCAGGUUUCUGAAGGAUGUGGUUUCUAACAAGAGGAAAUGGAUGGAGUAUGGGACGGUGAAUUUGACUGAAAAAGAAGGAUCCAAACCUAAAGCUCAGAAUCAAAGGAGGCUCAACCCGAUAAUGCAAGAUGUGGUGAAAAAGGAGGUAUUGAAGUGGUUGAAAGCCGGGAUUAUAUAUGCUAUUUUGGACAGUGAUUGGGUGAGUCCCACCCAAGUCGUAGCCAAGAAGGGUGGAAUGACUGUGAUUCAAGGUGGCAAUGAUGAGAUGAUAGCCACCAGAUUGGUGACAGGAUGGCGAGUUUGCAUCGACUACCGAGUUCUCAAUGCAGCCACGAGGAAGGACCAUUUCCCUCUUCCAUUUAUUGAUCAGAUGCUUGACAGACUAGGGGGAUAUGAGUACUACUGCUUCCUCGACGGCUAUUCCGGAUACAAUCAAAUCCUGAUCACCCCAGAGGACCAAUAUAAAUCGGCCUUUAUUUGCCCGUAUGGUGUCUAUGCCUUCCGGAGGAUGUCUUUUGGACUAUGCAACGCCCCUGCCAUGUUUCAGAGAUGUAUGAUGUCCAUCUUCCACGACAUGGUGGAAGACAUCAUGGAAGUCUUCAUGGAUGACUUCUCGGUUUUUGGGUCUUCUUAUGAUCAUUGUUUGGAUAAUCUGACGAGAGUAUUACAGAGAUGCGAGGAGACCAACUUGGUGCUGAACUGGGAGAAGUGCCACUUCAUGGUACGGGAUGGUAUUGUGCUUGGGCACAAAAUAUCUGCUGCAGGACUAGAAGUUGAUAGAGCCAAGAUCGUGGCGAUUGAGCAGAUGCCGCCACCGUCUAGUGAGAAAGCUGUGAGGAGUUUCUUGGGGCACGCGGGGUUUUAUCAUCGAUUCAUUAAGGAUUUCUCUCAGAUAGCCAGCCCCCUUUCCAAUUUGCUAGCCAAGGAUGUCAAGUUCAACUUCUCUGCAGAAUGUCUGCAAGCCUUUGAAAUUUUGAAGAAAGCGUUGGUGAGUGCUCCUGUACUUAUAGCUCCAGAUUGGUCACAGCCUUUCGAGAUUAUGUGCGAUGCCAGUGACGUGGCUGUAGGUUCAGCAUUGGGGCAGAAGAGGGAUAAAGUGUUCAGAGUGAUCUACUAUGCGAGCCGGACUCUAGAUCCGGCUCAGGCAAAUUACACCACCACGGAGAAGGAGAUGUUGGCUGUGGUAUAUUCCUUUGACAAGUUUCGCCCGUACCUCAUUGGAGCAAAGACAAUUGUUUUUACAGAUCAUGCCGCCAUUCGCUAUUUGUUUGCUAAGGUGGAUGCCAAGCCUCGAUUAAUUCGUUGGGUUCUUUUGCUACAAGAAUUUGACUUGGAGAUUCGGGACAGAAAGGGGUGUGAGAAUGUGGUAGCCGAUCACUUAUCUAGAUUGGAGCACUGUUUUGAAGGGGAGAACUUGAAGAAGCCUAUCAAUGAGGAGUUCCCUGAUGAGCAUCUCUUCUAUGCUCAGAGCUCCGUACCAUGGUUUGCAGAUAUUGUGAACUUUCUAGUAGCCAAGGUGGUUCCAGAGGGCCUCAACAAGCAUCAAAUGAGGAAGUUCUUUCAUGAUGUCAAGUUCUAUUUUUGGGAUGAGCCGUUCCUAUUUAGAAGAUGUGCGGAUAUGGUGAUUAGGAGAUGCACUCCCAAUGAGCAAUGGGAAGCGGUGAUCAGAAAUUGUCACUCAACCAAUGGUCAAACUGAAUUGGCCAAUCGAGAGAUCAAAGGCAUCUUGGAGAAGACGGUGAAUGCGAAUAGAAAGGACUGGGCUUUGAAGCUCGAUGAUGCAUUGUGGGCGUAUAGAACGGCGUAUAAAACGCCAAUCGGCAUGUCACACUACCAAUUGGUGUUUGGGAAAUCCUGUCAUCUUCCUGUGGAGCUUGAGCACAAAUCAUAUUGGGCAGUGAAGCAGUUAAAUGCCGACUACUACAAGGCGGGAAAGGAAAGACAAUCUUAUCUGAAUUUGCUCGAUGAAUUCCGGAAUGAGGCGUUCGAAAAUUCCGCCAUCUACAAGGAGCGCCUCAAAACUUAUCAUGAUAAGAUGAUCGACAAGCGGGAGUUCUUCCCAGGAGAUUUGGUGUUGUUAUUCAAUGCUCGGAUGAAGCUCUUCCCCGGAAAGCUUAAGUCGAGGUGGUCCGGCCCCUUCAAAGUUAGAACUGUGAUGAAGAAUGGAGCUUUAGAACUUGAAGCUGAUGAUGGGAGGGUGUUCACGGCCAAUGGUCAGAAUGUGAAGACGUUUCAUACUAUGGAGCAGAAGGAAGAAGUGUUCCAACUCUCCUUGGAGACCCAGUAA